GCGGCACCUCCGGCUCGCGCCGUCCCUCCGGCAGCCCCGCGCGCCCGGGAUCGUCCAUGGGGCCCAGCGGCGCCCGCUGAGGGAGGAGGGGACGGGGAGCGGCGGGAGUCGGUACCGGCCGCAGCCAUGCAGCAGGUCUUAGACAACCUUACUGAUCUGCCAACAUCCACAGGCGCUGAAGAAAUAGACCUGAUUUUUCUUAAAGGAAUCAUGGAGAACCCUAUCGUAAGAUCACUUGCCAAGGCUCACGAGCGACUGGAAGAUUCAAAACUUGAGGCUGUCAGUGACAACAACCUGGAGCUGGUGAAUGAAAUUCUUGAAGACAUCAGUCCUUUAGUAAAUAAGGAUGAAAAUGUUGCAGAACUGGUUGGAAUACUCAAGGAGCCUCAUUUUCAGUCACUCUUGGAAGCGCAUGAUAUUGUGGCUUCAAAAUGUUACGAUUCCCCUCCUUCUAGCCCGGAAGUCAAUAAUUCUUCAGUGAACAACCAGGUUGUUCCAGUAGAUGCUAUUCGUAUCCUUGGAAUUCACAAAAGAGCGGGAGAACCACUGGGAGUCACGUUUAGAGUCGAGAACAACGAUCUGGUAAUAGCCCGAAUUCUUCACGGAGGAAUGAUAGAUCGGCAAGGUCUUCUGCAUGUGGGUGACAUUAUUAAAGAGGUGAAUGGCCACGAGGUUGGAAACAAUCCAAAAGAAUUGCAAGAACUGCUGAAAAACAUCAGUGGAAGUGUCACUUUGAAAAUUCUCCCUAGCUACAGAGACACUGUCAUUCCUCAACAGGUUUUCGUGAAGUGUCAUUUUGAUUAUAAUCCCUAUAAUGACAACCUCAUCCCAUGCAAAGAAGCAGGUUUGAAAUUUUCUAAAGGAGAAAUUCUUCAGAUUGUAAACAGGGAAGAUCCGAAUUGGUGGCAGGCUAGUCAUGUCAAAGAAGGAGGAAGUGCAGGUCUAAUUCCUAGCCAGUUCCUGGAAGAGAAAAGAAAGGCUUUUGUUAGGAGAGACUGGGACAACUCAGGGCCUUUCUGUGGAACAAUAAGCAGCAAAAAAAAGAAAAAGAUGAUGUAUCUAACUACAAGAAAUGCAGAAUUUGAUCGCCAUGAAAUCCAGAUAUAUGAGGAAGUAGCCAAAAUGCCUCCUUUUCAGAGGAAGACCCUGGUCUUGAUUGGGGCCCAAGGAGUGGGGCGAAGGAGUUUGAAGAACAGGUUUAUUGUGCUGAAUCCUACUAGAUUUGGAACUACAGUGCCAUUUACUUCACGAAAGCCAAGGGAUGAUGAAAAAGAUGGGCAAGCAUACAGAUUUGUGUCACGAGCUGAAAUGGAGACGGAUAUUAAAGCUGGCAGAUACUUAGAGCAUGGAGAAUAUGAAGGAAAUCUUUAUGGCACCAAAAUUGAUUCUAUCCUUGAAGUUGUUCAGACAGGAAGGACCUGCAUCUUGGAUGUAAAUCCACAGGCCCUAAAAAUACUGAGGACUUCAGAAUUCAUGCCCUAUGUGGUGUUUAUUGCUGCUCCAGAGUUGGAGACUUUGCGAGCUAUGCACAAGGCUGUGGUAGAUGCUGGAAUUACAACCAAACUUCUUACUGACACUGAUCUGAAAAAAACAGUGGAUGAGAGCGCCCGGAUCCAGCGAGCCUACAACCACUACUUUGACCUGACCAUUGUAAAUGACAACCUGGACAAAGCCUUUGAGAAGCUGCAGACAGCCAUUGAGAGACUGAGGCUGGAGCCACAGUGGGUCCCCAUCAGCUGGGUCUACUGA